AGUUUAUAUUUGAAAGGUUGACUGGUCGUUGAUGAGGUUCCAGGUGAUUUCACACAAGCUGACUUAUGUGAAGAUGACGUCAUGAUGUUGGAUGUUUGGGAUCAAAUUUUUAUUUGGAUUGGAAAUGGCGCAAAUUCACAAGAAAGAAAAGAGGCUCCAAAACUUGCGGAAGAUUAUAUUAAAUCCGAUCCGAGAAAACGAGAUGCAAGAACAUCUAUUAUCACAAUAACACAGGGAAAUGAACCUUUGUCUUUCACUGGAUUUCUCCCUACUUGGGACCCAAAAUUUGUUUACAGCAAAACUCUUUAGAGCAACUAUUGCUCGAAAAAUCCAAUAAGCCAACACAGCAUUUUCAAGUGCUUGCUAUGAAGUCAAAAUAAAUAAGAAUCUUGUAGGGAUUGCAGUGCGUAGACCUACGCCAUUCUGUGCUCAACCCAACUAACGUAAUAGAUAUCGGUGUCUGUCGAUCAGAAAGCGAUUAUUUCCCUAAUAAAAUAAUAAGUAUAUUUCCUAUUGAUAUGGCCAAUACUACAUAAUAUAUAUAUAUAUAUACAUACACACUUUCAUUUUAAAUUUCAGCCGUUGAAAUUCAAAGGAACAAUAAUUUUUUAAAUCAUUCGAUUCUCUAAUGACCUUGACGUUUUCAUCCGAUAUUGGGUUCAUAUCAAAAAUGAUUAGCUGGCAGCCAAAUACUAACCUUUUCAACACUCAAAAUAUUGCAAUACCAUGAAUAUUUGCAAUUUGUUUUAUCAUAUUACCGAAUAAUUAAUUUGGAUUAAUAUUACAAAACUUUCAUUUGGUUAUGUUUGGUGAGAAUUGGUUUCAUUUUUACACCCUAUGGUCAACAUCGAACUAUUGAAUUUAUCUAGUCCAGUACUCUAUAUCGAAAACUGAUACCACUUUGCUGUAGUUACUUUUAGCAACCGACAUUCGAUUGUUACCGGUACAAUUUGUAAAUAAAAAUAUAUUAUUUCUUCCA